AUGCACCCCGGGGCCCCCGCAGCCCCCGGCAUCUCUGAGCCCGGCCCCCAGGAGCUGUGUGCCUUCAUGAGGGGGGCGGCCGCCCACAUGCUGCGCGCCCUGCACCCCCGGCGGACCCGGCCCCCCAAAAGGAGGCCCAACCACAGGAGGUUCCUGCACAACCAGAUCUGCAGGCAGUUUGCCAAGAUCGAGGCUGCCACCCAGCGCCUGGCCCUAACUAUCCUGUCCCAGGAGGCACCUCCCCAGCGACGGCUGCCCCAAAGACCGCCCCCACCUCCUCCAUCCCCCUUCCUGGGGGUGGCCUGCGCUGUGGCCCCCACUGAGGUGCCCCUUGCCGGCCCCAGCCUGAGCCUUGCUGUCCUGGAUGCCUCCACCCUGGACCUCUUCGAUGACAUUGCACUCACCCCAGAGUGUCCCUCAGUGCCAUCUGACCUGUCCCAUUCUGCUGUGGGGCAGCCAGACCUGAGGCAGGCCCCACAUUUCUCUGAUUCCUUGCCUCUGACCCCACAUACCCUUCGGGGAGGGGACGAGUUCUUGGCUCCCGAGGGGGGUUGGGUGGGCCAGUGGGAGGUGCCUUGUGCCUGGGAUUCUCAGGAGGUCCCUGAGGGCUGGGGAAUCUGCUCCCCAUGA